AUGUCAGAAAAGCCAAUCUUCGUGGCUACGCACCCGCGAGCAUGCUCAACGGCCUUUGAGCGAGUCUUCAUGACUCAGCGUGAUACUAUCCAAUGUGUCCAUGAGCCAUUCGGCGAUGCAUUCUACUACGGCCCGGAGCGCCUCUCCGGCCGAUUCGCAGGCGAUGAACAUAUACAAGCACGCCUGGAUAGUGGAUUCGCCAACUCGACAUAUAGUACCGUGAUGGAAAGGCUCGAGCGAGAAACUACUCAGGGAAAGAGAGUCUUCAUCAAAGAUAUCGACCACUACCUGCUUCCACCGAAUAGCCAGCCCGCCAGCGUCGCCCCGUCUCUCCUGCGCGUCAAGCGAGGAGUUGGCACCAACGGCACCUCGCACAAGGCCAACGGUGUGAACGGUGUGAACGGUGCCAACGGCGCUGCUCACACCAACGGCCACACCGCCACGUCGAAUGGUCACACCAACGGGGUCAACGGAACCUCGAACGGUACCAACGGCACAGCGAACGGUGUGAACGGUCACGAGAUGAACGGCCACACCAACGGUGCAGCCAACGGUCACACAAAUGGAACUUCCAAGGAACCUUACCCGUACGACACCCCCACAGAGCCGGGUAACCCAACCGUGAUGCCUCGCGAGUUACAAGAACAGUUCCACUGGGCAUUCCUAAUCCGCGACCCGCACUUCAGCGUGCCGUCGUACCUGCGGUGCACGAUCCCACCUCUGGACGAGGUGACCGGGUUCCACAACUACGACCCACUGGAAGCCGGGUACGACGAGCUGCGUCGGCACUUUGAUUAUCUGCGGGAGACUGGAUUGGUCGGGCCCCGGGUUGCAACGCGCCCGGAGCUGAACGCCUCUUCUGAUGCUGAGGCGACGACCGGCGUCGAGGUGUGUGUCAUUGAUGCGGACGACAUGCUCGAUGAGCCGGCGAAGACCAUCGAGGCUUUCUGUAACAGUACUGGUUUGCCGUACCGACCGGAGAUGCUGACGUGGGAUACGGAGGAGGAACAUACUGUUGCUCGAAAUGCAUUUGAGAAGUGGCGUGGAUUCCAUAAUGAUGCUAUCGAGUCGAAGGCUCUGGUGCAGAGAACUCAUAAACGUGCUGUCAAGACUGAGGAGCAGUUUGACGCCGAGUGGCAGAAGAAGUACGGUGAGAAGCAGGCUGCUCUCAUCCGCCGGACAGUUGAUGCCAACAUGGCCGACUACUUGUACCUCAAGUCAUUCGCCGUGAAGGUUUAG